CGGAAAUUGUGUUUAAUGGGCAGCUUAAGAAAAGUUAACAAUAACAGUGCCUGGGGCUUUUCGUGAAUUUGUUUUUAAAUAAGAAACGUUCCGACAGGUAAAUGGUUAAACUUGGGGAGGUGGAGUUACUGAGUGAACAACCGAAGACUACCAAACAGGGAGAGAGAGAGAGAAAGCGAGCAAGCGAGCGAGAUGGGAUGCGAGGGAUGCUGGAUAAAAAGGAAGAAAAUCUAGCUAAGGAACUUCCAAACGAACGAUUUGGUGAUUUUUUAUUAUUAUGUAGUAUGUAAGGGAGUCAAGGAAUGAACAAGCGAAGACAAAAAAAAAAACUGUUUUCAAACAUUUGUACAAGAAAAAUAAUUCCAUCAAUUUGAAGUAAACAUUUGGUAACAAGAAUCACUCUAUCUCACCAUUUAAAUAUCUACGUUGCACAGGACAUAAUUGUAUCCAGCUGCUAGUUAUUUAGCCUACACCACAGCUUAUUCUCAUUCAAACCCCGACCCGUAGCUUAAAGGAGGACAGCUGUUUUGCUUAUAUUUUUAUUUUAUAAUCAUGUCUUUGUUUUUAUUUUUGAGCGGGCUGUCUGCCGACGUAACAAGAAUAUAGUAUCUAUUCAUUUUUGUAUUGUGCACUUUUGAGUGUUCAGUAACUGAAUCAAUUUGGCAGUGCUGAAAUUUUGGUUUGGGGGUAGGAGGGAGCAUCGCAAUGGAAUUGGAGUUCAACAACACGUAGAUAAACACUUCUAUCUGCACAAAAUCAGUGAAAGCAAGGAGCCUCGUCAGUUGUUUUUCUCCGUUCUUAUUUCUUACCGGGAUGGUCUGAACGCAUCGCGUGGGAUAGAGGUACUGAGACCGGAGAAGCGAAAAGAACGACGGGAGGAGAGAUAAAGAGAGAGAUCUGAGGAUUAUGGCUCUCGCAACGUUCUCUCUCUGUCUCAUAACCCUCACCUGUGCAAACUUACACCUGGUGUAUGCCAACAACCGACACGCCGUCCACUGGAACAGCUCGAAUAUACACUUGCGCAGGGAGGGCUACACGGUGCAGGUGAACGUGAACGACUACCUGGACAUCUACUGCCCGCACUACAACGACAGCCGGCGGGGCUUCAGCGAGCAGUACGUCCUCUACAUGGUCACCUACCGCGGCUACCGCACCUGCGACCACCGCCUGGGCUCCAAGCGCUGGGAGUGCAACCGGCCGUACGCCCCGCACGCGCCCAUCAAGUUCUCCGAGAAGUUCCAGCGGUACAGCGCCUUCUCGCUGGGCUACGAGUUCAACGUGGGACAGGACUACUACUACAUCUCCACGCCCACCCAUCACCAUGGCCACAGCUGCCUGAGACUGAGGGUGUACGUCUGCUGCUCGGCCACCUCCCACACAGUAGACGAUCCCCACCCCACCCCGUCCGACUACACUCUCAGGCCCAACAUCAAAAUACACGACAUCGACGAGUUUAACCCCGAAAUCCCCAAACUGGAGAAGAGCAUCAGCGGCAGUAGCCCCUCCCAUGACCGCCUGCUGCUCACCGUCGCCGCGCUCUUCCUGGCCGCCCUCUCGGUCUCCUAGCAACCACCGCCGCGACGACGUCACGCCGACAGCCCGCAGCCGGCCCACGGGAGAGCUCGGCCGGAGGGAGAGGCCUCGGGUACGAACGGAGGGUUGCUGGGGUGGGUGUGGGGGGGAGGGGGGUGGUGGAGAGAAGGGAGGACAGAGACUGGACCGGAAGAUUUCGGAGGAGCGCGGCGCGUCCGAUGCCUCGCGCUGUCCCAGUGGGGCGCACCCCGGGGGCGCUCGAACCCGGACCCGGGACGAACGACGACCCGGAAACGGGCGGAGAGAGAGGGAAAGAACGAACAAAUGAGCUGAACUGCCUCUGACUGCAGAAAUGCAGAAACAGAAACGCGCUGCCCUUGCCGCUAGUACACGCUAACCGCCGGUGCCAGCCCUGGCGUGUGCCACGCGCGCCCUGGGACGUGUGUAAUUCCCGUAUGUCUACGUCUCAGCGUCACAGGCAAACGGAAUGGUGCGGCGCGCAUCGCGCGUGUGAGGAAAUGCACAAGUGCUCGUUACACGUGUGCGUGAACCCUGCUUUCUGCGUUGUCGCGAGGAACAGGCGUGUCGGACACGUGACGCACGCGUUGGGGAUGCAACGGGGCACGGGCUGGAACACGCCAGCCCUGUGACCAUCCGCUGCAGAAGCUGCGCUCCGAACCGGACUUCUGUGUGUCAUUUAAACUCAAUUAGAACACGACGCAGUGCUGGAGGAGGACUCCGCCGGUCCUAUCUGGACCGGAACUGGACCAGAACCGCACUGAACCGGACCAGGAUUGACUGCCCAUUGCUGCCCUAAGGUUUUUGAAUUCACAGGGGAGCAGCGGCGACAAACUACGGACAAAGUUUACCAUAGAAACUUUGGUUUUCGGACGAGUCCUACGGAGACUCGAUUACAGUCGAGAGUGUGCUGGCUACGCGUUGCCAUGGAGAACUGCCGAGCCUUCAUUCACCUGGGUUUACAGUAGCGUAGCCUAGCCACACCGUGGCGACUUAUCAGCUCAGCUGUAACUGUCCGGGUGUGCCGGAACGGCUGUAGGUUUUUUUUUAUUAUUAUUAUUAUUUAUUUAUUUGUAAACUGGUAUGAAUGUACAGAGUGGCACUGGUUGCUAGGGGUUACAGUUUAUUCCGUCCGCGGAAAUCCUCAAGCCGGGCAAACGACGCAGUCGUCUGUUUGAACCGCUGGGCGUGGCACUGAAGCAUCGGGCUGUGCCUCCCACCUACCAUUUGAACCCGCAACCCCCUGGCCUCGUACCCACGGUAUCACGUGCGGCUCCCCAGCAGCUCUCUAGUUUACGUCACAAAACAGCAUUCCGUGCUCCAUACUGUAAAUACAACACACUUUUUUACCUUUUUUUUUUUUUUGGGCUGAACACAUUUUACCCCUCAUAACUUAUCCAAAACGUAUCCAGUCAGGCAGAAAAACAGUAUUGUAAAUGGACCUACACCCCCCACUGUACGCAAACUAACCGCUCGCGAGCGUCACAGUGAGUUUUCCCCCAGACGGCCUGCC